UGUCUUUUACAGCUCAGUUCUUGCCAUGCAGUACUUUCAACUCAGCUUGCAGAUGCAAUGAUGUUUCCUAUUACCCAGUUUAAAGAAAGGGAUCUAAAAGAGAUAUUAACUCUAAAAGAAGUUUUCCAAAUUGCAAGCAAUGACCAUGAUGCUGCCAUUACCAGAUACAGUCGGUUGUCAAAAAGAAGGGAAAAUGAAAAGAUCAAGGCUGAAGUUACAGAAGAUGUAUAUACUUCCAGGAAAAAACAGCAUCAGACUAUGAUGCAUUAUUUCUGUGCAUUAAAUACUCUUCAGUACAAAAAGAAAAUUGCUAUGCUGGAACCCUUGCUAGGAUACAUGCAAGCUCAGAUAAGUUUUUUUAAAAUGGGUUCAGAAAAUCUUACUGAGCAACUGGAAGAAUUUUUGACCAAUAUUGGCACAAGUGUACAGAAUGUUCGCAGGGAAAUGGAGUGCGAAGUAGAAAACAUGCAGCAAACUAUAGAGGACUUGGAAGUAGCUAGUGAUCCACUGUAUUUGCCUGAUCCUGAUACUACAAAAUUUCCUGUUCAUAGAAAUCUAACACGGAAAGCUGGCUAUCUCAAUGCAAGAAAUAAGACAGGGCUGGUAUCUUCCAGUUGGGAGAGACAGUUUUACUUCACUCAAGGUGGAAAUUUGAUGAGCCAGGCAAGAGGUGACGUAGCUGGGGGACUUGUCAUGGAUAUAGAUAAUUGUUCUGUAAUGGCUGUGGACUGUGAAGACAGACGGUACUGUUUUCAGAUAACAUCUUUCGAUGGUAAAAAGUCUUCAAUCUUACAGGCAGAAAGCAAAAAAGAUUAUGAAGAGUGGAUAUGCACCAUAAACAACAUAUCUAAACAGAUAUAUCUAAGUGAAAACCCUGAGGAAAUUGCUGCACGUGUAAAUCAGUCAGCUCUGGAGGCUGUUACUCCAUCUCCUUCCUUUCAGCAGAGGCAUGAGAGCAUGCGGCCAACCAUACAAUCUCGUCCUCCUGCAGCUCGUACUAGCAGCACAGGGUCGCUGGGAUCUGAAUCAGCAGCUUUAUCAGCACUUUCCUUGGAUUCACUCGUUGCCCCUGACACUCCUAUACAAUUUGACAUAAUAUCUCCAGUUAGUGAAGAUCUGCCUGGUCAAGCAAAAUCUUCAGGGCAGUCGGGCAGACGCACAAAUCCUUUUGGUGAAUCCGGAGGCUCAAAAUCUGAAACAGAAGAUUCAAUUCUUCAUCAGUUAUUUAUUGUAAGAUUUCUUGGCUCUAUGGAGGUGAAGUCUGAUGAAAGUCCUGAUGUCGUUUAUGAAACAAUGCGUCAAAUCCUAGCAGCUCGUGCCAUCCAUAACAUAUUCAGGAUGACAGAAUCACAUUUAUUAGUCACUUGUGACUGUUUAAAGUUAAUUGAUCCACAGACACAAGUUACAAGACUACGAUUUCCUUUGCCCAAUGUAGUCCUGUAUGCUACACACCAGGAGAAUAAGCGCCUUUUUGGAUUUGUGCUUAGAACUUCAGGAGGGAGAGUGGAGAGCCGCCAAACUUCUGUCUGCUAUAUAUUUGAAUCAAAUAAUGAAGGGGAAAAGAUCUGUGACUCUGUUGGACUGGCAAAACAGAUAGCUUUUCAUGCAGAACUGGAUCGAAAAGCAACAGAAAAGCAGAAAGAAAUAGAUAGAGUCAAAGAGAAACAACAGAAAGAACUGAAUAAACAAAAACAAAUUGAAAAGGACUUGGAGGAGCAAAGCCGGUUGAUAGCUGCUUCCAGCAGGCCGAACCAGAGCAGUGGAGAAGGACAAUUUGUAGUCCUUAGCAGUAGCCAGUCGGAAGACAGUGAUUUAGGAGAAGAUGGAAAGAAGAAGAGGGAAUCUGAAGCCUGA